ACUUUGAAGUAGUUUUAUGUUUAAAAUUGGUGUGAACUGUCGUUUGUAAUUUACAUGUAUGUACAUACGAUACAUACAAAUAUAAAUCUUACGUUUAACGGAAAUUGUCUGUAAAUUAUUAAUUUUAUUAUUAACCUUUCUGUGAGUGAUCAAAUUCAUUACGAUUUUGUUAGAUUUCUUGUAAUUUUAACAGUUCAUAUUAACUCUUUUCAAAGGCUUGCCACUUUAGUUUUGACAUUCAAGUUGUCAAGUUGCAUAUAAAAUAAAUAGAAAAGUUUUUUUUUAUUACCGAUUUGCAAAAAGCAUUAAUAAAACAUUAAUAAAAUAAAACAAUACUAGAAAAUUAGCUAAAGCAAUUUGUCAAGUUGAUAAGGAUGAUGAGCAUUGGUCCUAUAACCUUCCAAGUAUACCACAAGCGUUUGGUGAAUGUGCUGCUUUUAACUCUGUCCAGGAUGCUGGUCGUGUCCAGCUUUCUGGCGGAUGCCAUUUACAUCUGCCAAAACUGGCGACUGGAGCAGAGCAUUCUGAACAUUAACUAUGGAUGCGGACGGAUGGCGGCUGGAGUGUGCAUCAGCCUGAUGGCGAUUGGACAAUUUGUUGGCUCGGCGCUGAUUGUGACCAGAAAGAGGAUUUAUGUGGGCACGGGUCUGCUUUGGCUGGCGGGUUACCUGCGGAUGGCCCUCAAUCCGACGCAGCGAAACCUCGCCAAGUAUUUCCAGGUGUGCAAUGUGAUCAGUGCCCUGUUGCUCAUAGUGCUGAGGUCUCGACGCACAGCCGUUGUCGCGUUCCUGCUGCUUACCAUCGUGAACUGGAAGGAUAUGGAGCGGUAUCUGUGGAUCGUCUUCUACAAGUUCGGCGAGAAGCUCAUGGCUUAUCAGAAAAACUCCACCGUGGGACUGACGGGCCUACAGCAUGGGGACAUGCAAACCUUGGAUGAUCCGUCUUUGGCCUCGAGGGAAAGUUUCUGGCACAAAGUGUCCGUGGCUGGCGGAUUUAUCUUUAUUGUCGUGAAUGGCCAUCUGAAUAUCAUGUUUUAA